AUGGGGAAGAACAACGGAGCAGCGCAGCGCCGUGCAAAGGCACGACAACAAGCUAGAAAAUCAGCAGCCAAGUCCUCCUCGAGUGAUAUAGCGGAGAAAGAGCCGACGUCUCCUCCGUCCGCACCGGGGGAGGAAGAGUCUGUCACUGACCCUCCGUCCACCAUCGAAGACACUGUCAUCGAUGCAGCUCCAGUGGCUCUCGAAGAGGCUGCCAGUACAGAGGCAUCCAACUCCAAUCCACCAUCCAUUGAGGCAACGCAUGAGCAAGACUUACAGGCCUUGCGCGAUCAGAUUCAGGGCCUCCAAACUGAAUUGGAGGACACACAACGUACCUUGUCAGAGAGCCAUCAAGCUUUUGCAGAACAGAUUGUCGAAUUGUCUUCUUCCCAUGACCAUGACAAAGAAGCGGCCUGUGCCGAGCUACGGACCCAGCGAGACAAGGCGCAAGAAGCGCUGACAGCUGCACAGGAGCGAGUUGCGUCGCUGGAAGAGCAAGUACAAGAUCUGAAUCAAAAAAUUACAGAGCAUGCUGCAGAGACAUCGAAGCACGCAUCAGCCAUGGCAGAUAUGCAAGGCAAGCUGGCAGAAUGGAUGGCCAAGGCUCAUACACCCUCGACAGAGACUAUCGCGACAAUCGUCAAAGAGCUGGGAUACACAGAUACAGACGCUGAUUAUACCUUAUUGGAGAAACUGCAUGCCGCUCACAAUGCGAAAUAUACCACUCUAUGCACUGCAUCCCGCCAUAUGUAUGAAGAUAUUACCAGCACCCUAGCCAGCGCACUCCCACAAGGCGAAGCCGCCGCAGUCCACGCUGAGGAGAUGAUUCCCACACUACGCGCCCUCCAAGCGCGUGUAGUGGAGUCGCUUGGCGCUGUAGGCAUUUAA